AUGGUUCAGAUGAAAAGUUUGACUGGACUGAAGCCUUAUAAACGGUACACAGAAGAAACAUGCACUGAAGUUCAAGUCGAAGCUCUCACAUCAGAUAUAAUCAUAUCCAAAUGUCAAAUCAUUCUUCUCAAUUUGACUUGGUAUGGUCUUAACCUCAUGUUUUUACUGCUGUCUGUUGAAGUGAUUCCUGCCCAGAUUGCUGCUUUAGUCAGUGCCAAAAACAAAGGCGUGUGCCUGGGUGGUAUGAUAGCCGCAGGAGCAGUUAUGAUGUUUGUCCUUAGCCCAUUGAUUGGCAUGUAUAGUGACCGCUUAAAACUUAAAAGUGGCAGAAGACGACCGUUGAUGGUUGGGGGGGACAGUGUUGAUCAGUUUUGGUCUCAUGGGUAUGGCAUUCAGUGCACCAGAAGUUGUUAUAGUCAAAGAACAACCAGAAAAUGUUAUAAAUGGUUCAUGUUUUCGCGAUUUAAGUUUCAUAUUCUGGGAAAGCCAGAAAAAAUUACCACAGAGAAACAUUCUUCCCUCAUUGCCUUUUCAUAUGAAGGCAGUCUUUUUCUGUAUGUAAUGUUUUAUCUUCUGGUCACGUGUGCCUUUGUUACGAUAACUGUCCCCUACAAUGCCUUGGUUGUGGAUAAGUCUCACCCUACACAAAGAGGUUUUAUAUCUGGAGUGAUGGCAACCCUUAUUCUUUUUGGCAAUGUGUCAGGAGCUGCCUUGGGAACAUGCUUUGAGCUUGUAGGUGUUUGUUUCCUCUACAUCAUGAUGGUAGCUAUUUUGAUAAUCUGUGUCAGCAUCACUGUGACAAGCAUCGAUGAAUGUCAGAUUGUCAAAGAGCAGGAACCAAUAUGUUUCAAGAUUGUAAUCACCGGAUUUUACAAACCACUAAAAGAGCACAAUUUCCGAUGGGUCUUCCUCACCAGAUUCUUCAUGCAACAGGGUCUUUCAACUGUGAUAGGGUUCUUGGAAUAUUGGUUAGAUGACAUGAUCUACCUUCCUAAUUGCUGGACAGCACAGACUGCAGUAGCUAUCAUGCUACUGCCACUACUCCUCUUUGCAGCCUUGAGUUCCUUGGUUGCAGGAUGUGUUUCAGAUAGAAUGGAAAGACGAAAACCAAUCAUCAUUUUUGGGGGUAUUCUCAUGACAAUAACUGUGGUUGGCCUUAUGCUUAUACAAGGAAACUAUGCCUAUUACUUUGCUGUCUUCAUAGCUUUAGUUUUUGGAAUUGGAUUUGGUGCUUACCAAGCAGUAGAUUUUGCCCUUGUCAUGGAUGUUCUUCCUGAAGAAAGAAACAAGGCUAAAGACAUGGCAGUUUGGCACCAAGCCCUUAUUCUACCCCAGGCUCUAGCCACACCUAUUGGAGGACUUGUCUUAGACUUGUUUGAAAGAGUUAAUUGUCAAAUUGGACUUGGAUAUUACAUAGUAUUCAGUUUAAGUGGGUUUUAUUUUCUUCUCAGCAGCUUAUUUGUUGUCAAACUGAAAGGGAUCAAAUGA